ACGGUCUGCAGUGCCGGGAGUCAAUUACAGUGCAUGGCUGAAGUGUUCACCUACGCUCUUGGACUACUGCUGGUAAUCGGGGCAACCGAGUAUCGAGUCCGGGUUGCCAUUCGAUGGGCAAGGUCUAGAAUAAGGGGCGAUAGUGAGGCAGUGGCCGACGUUGGUAGCCAUGAAAAGGAGGAUGUCUCCAGGUCAAAGCAUGAAUCAUAGCAUGAAAUGAAAUUGGAUGGUAG